AAAAAUUCUCAAUGACUCGACAAUUCUGUUGACUUGCGCACCGAAAGCUGUCUUCUCUCUUUAUUAGAAAAUGUCAGGAGCAGUACAACCAGGAAGCAAAGGAAAAGUAUUAUUAGCAUACUCAGGUGGAUUAGACACCAGCUGUAUUUUAGUUUGGUUGAUAGAACAAGGUUACGAGGUUGUAGCAUACCUCGCAAACGUCGGACAAGAGGAAGACUUCGACGCUGCUAGAGAAAAAGCACUCAAAAUUGGUGCUAAGGCUUUCUUCUGUGAUGACCUUCGUCGUGAAUUCGUUGAAGAACUUAUCUACCCAGCUGUUCAAGCAAACUGCAUUUAUGAAGGUGUUUACCUCUUAGGUACAUCCCUCGCACGUCCAGUCAUCGCUAGAGGUAUGAUGGCCGUCGCAAAGCGUGAAGGCUGUGACUUCGUUUCACAUGGAUGUACUGGUAAAGGUAAUGAUCAAGUACGUUUCGAAUUGGCUUUCUAUGGUCUUAACCCAGAGAUUACCGUCAUCGCUCCAUGGAGAAACCCAGAAUUCUACGAUAGAUUCCCAGGUAGAUCUGCACUCCUUCAAUACGCAGCCGAAAAGGGUAUUCCAGUCACUCAAACUCAAUCAAAACCAUGGUCAACUGAUGAAAACCUCUUCCACAUCUCUUACGAAGCUGGUAUUCUUGAAGAUCCAAACACAACUCCACCAGCAGACAUGUGGAAGUUGACAAACUCACCACAAAAGGCACCUGAAGAGCCAGAAGAUAUCACUAUUGAAUUCGCUCAAGGUUUACCAGUAAAGCUUAACGUCGCAAAGACCGGAAAGACACACACAGACAAGGUUGAUGUCUUCGUUACACUCAACGCCUUAGCAAGAAACCACGGUAUUGGUAGAAUUGAUAUCGUUGAAAACCGUUUCAUUGGUUUGAAAUCAAGAGGUUGUUACGAAUCACCAGGUGCAACUAUCUUAAGAGCUGCCCACAUGGACUUAGAAGGUCUCACUUUAGACAGAAAUGUUAGAUCACUUAGAGAUCAAUUCAUCACACCACAAUUAUCAAACAUCCUCUACAACGGUUACUUCUUCUCUCCAGAACGUGACUUUGUUGUUAGUGCUAUUCCAGCUUCACAAAAGACAGUUAACGGUGAAGUCAAGCUCAAGUUAUACAAGGGUAAUGUUAUCGUUUGUGGUAGAAAAUCUGAUGAAGGUCUCUACGAUGAAUCAGCUGCAUCUAUGGAUGAACUUGGAGGUUUCUUACCAACUGACACUACUGGCUUCAUUGCUAUUGAGUCAAUUCGUCUCAGACAAUGGGCUAAAGCUAAGGCCGCAAAAGGUCAAUCAGGUAUUGAACCAACCGAUGUUUACUAAUUCUCUUCACUUUGCUCAUUUGACAAAAAUUAAAUGAUUGUUAUAUUAUAUCUAAUAUUUUUUU